AUGUCUGACUUUAAAAAAGAAAACGUUGAAGAAGUUGAAGCUCCAAAGAUUCUAAAGAUGAGAAUCACCUUGACCUCCACCAAGGUUAAGCAAUUGGAAUCUGUUUGUACCAACAUUGUCAACAAUGUUGAACAACACAACUUAUACAAGAAGGGUCCAGUCAGAUUACCAACCAAGGUCUUAAAGAUCUCCACCAGAAAGACUCCAAAUGGUGAAGGUUCUAAAACUUGGGACACUUAUGAAAUGAGAAUUCACAAGAGAUACAUUGACUUACAAGCUCCAGUUAACAUUGUCAAGAGAAUUACUCAAAUCACCAUUGAACCUGGUGUAGAUGUCGAAGUUAUCGUUGCCAACGAAUAA